CGCCGGGGCCGGGCAGCAGCAAGGGUAGUCCGUCGGUUGUGUUGUAGUCCCCUUAAAUUACUGCUUGCAGUCAGUAGUGGAUCGACAGCUCUUGUAUGUUGCCGUGUCGUUGUGUGUCACUUUCUGGCCGUUGACGGAAGCGCACUUGCUGGUCUCUGGUGUAAUGGAACUGGACAAAAUGGACGAAAACGACUGGAAGUACCACGGAGAAGGAAACAAGAGCCUGGUGGUCUCACACGUACAGCAUCCCAGAGUUCUGCGCCUACUCAAGUAUCCAGCAGAGGACUCUGAAAACCCUCCACAGACAGCAGAGCAGGCUUACAGGCAGAUCCAGAACAUUGUUGACUUCAGCUCCAACGUGAUGAGCAGCCUGCUCGGGGAGAAGUUUAUCCACAGCGGGGAAGUGGUUAAACUGCCUCUCGAGUUUGUGCGACAGUUAUCAAUCAAAGUCCAACAUCAACGUCCAGCGUGGCGCUGUGAUAAGGUGAUGGACAUCUACAGUGGGUGUGCGCUCUGUCUGCCCAACCUGACGUCUCCAGCCCUCCACCAGCCGACACACACUCCCCCACUCUGCAUCGAGAUCAAGCCUAAAUGCGGUUUCCUGCCAUCCCCCAAACAUGUCAGCAAAGACAUCAAGACCAAAGUGUGUCGCUACUGCAUGCACCAACACUACAAGGUGGCCAACGGGAAGUGGAAGAGACGCAGUUUUUACUGUCCACUUGACCUGUUCUCAGGGAACAGACAGAGAAUGCAUUUUGCCAUCAAACACCUGAUAGAAGAACCUCAGAACAACUUCAAAGUAUUCAAGGGCGGUCAGUGUAUUUACAGCAGUAAGGAAGGCAGCGACGAGUCGCCUGACAUGAACUCUCUGCUGCAUCAUCUCAGACCUUACUUCCUACACGCAAACAAUCGAAUGAACAGUCACGUGACCAGCAAAGCAGUCCUGAACGACUUCAUUCAGGUCCUGGUGAAUGCCCUGCUGAGCAGUGGAGGAGGAGAUGGAGGUGUGGUGGCGGACAGACAAGCGGAGGGGCGGAGUUUCUGUGAGGCGAGCAUCUUCAACAAAGAGAGGAUUCGCCACGGUUCUCUGGGUUUACCCAGCGACAGUGUUUUGUUCAGGAUCCUUCAGACGCAAAUGUUGGACACAUUGGACAUCGAAGGACUUUAUCCUCUUUAUCGCCAGGUGGAGCAACACCUGCAGGACUUUCCCAAAGAGAGAACUCGUCUUCAGAUAGAAGGACCGUACAACGAAGCGUUCUUGGAGAAGCUGCAGAAAUGUCCGGCAGAGGACGACGGCUCUGUGGAGUACGCUGUUGCAAAGGUGCACCAGUACCGUGUGGCCAUGACAGCCAAGGACUGCUCCAUCAUGGUCGCCCUGGUGCCCAGCAGUGAGGAGGAAGAGGACAAUGAAAGUCUUUCCAGUCAGAGGCAGCUCAGGGACUUCAGACCUCCUGCUUUCUCCUAUUCAGCCUCCAUUCUGGAUUUGGACCCGAAGCCGUUUGACAGCAUCCCCCGCCAGCUGCGCCUGGACCAGAAAAUCGUCACCUGUUAUCUGAGGACUGGCGGUGCCUUGCCAAAGGGCCCUGUGAGAGAGAAGGAGGACUGCACGCUGCUCUUCCACCCCAUGUGAGCGC